UAAUUGCAUGUGCUAAAUAGAGUACACUCUCCGACAGAGACAAAUAAACGAAAGUACGAAACGUAAACUUCAACUGUUAACCCUGAUACUGAUACCAUUACCAACGAAUGGAUCAGCUGAUAAUUAUCUAUGGCGAAGUCACAGCUGCGGAAAGCAAUGCGUUGAGUUUUUUAGGCGAUGGGAGGUUAAGAAAAUCCGAUAUGACGCAUUUGCAAUGAGAAAAUAGGAGAUAGUAGAGCUUUAUUGAAUAAUAAUGCGGGUGAAGAAUAGCUGAACAAGCCGUGUUAGGGACGACAGCAGAGUACUUUCCCUUCCAGUUCAGAAAUUUUGACAAAUACUUUUUAUAUUAAUACGAAGACGUCAGUAUGCUGGUGUUUGUGUAAUGCUUAAGAUGGAAGUAGGAGUUGUGAAGGUUGCUGAUGAUCAGGACUUUGAAAAGCUGAAACAGUUGCUUGAUAACCAUAAUGGUUGGAAGCUAGAUUACAGUAAGGAUACUGUCAAAGUCUGGACUAAAUCAGUGGUGGACACAAGCUUCAAAAUGAUAAAGGUGUGGACAACUUUUGCUGAUGUAGUUCCUCUUGACUUGUAUGAUGUGUUGCAUGAUCCUGAUUAUAGAAGAAUUUGGGAUUUGAAUAUGAUCGAAUCUCAUGAUAUUGGUUACCUGAAUCCCAAUAAUGAUGUUGGAUAUUAUGCAAUGUCUUGCCCAGCUCCUCUCAAGAAUAGAGAUUUUGUACUACAGAGGUCAUGGCUUGACACAGGUCAAGAACAAUAUAUCAUAAAUCACUCUGUGCACCACAAAAAUUAUCCACCAAGAAAAGAAUAUGUGCGUGCAACAUCCUAUCUUACAGGUUUCUUAAUCCGUCCAUCACCUGAGGGUGCCGGCAGUUUGCUAGGUUACGUUUCUCAGACUGAUCCUCAUGGUACACUUCCUCCAUGGCUGGUCAACAAGUGCACACAAAUUCUGGCACCUAAAAUGGUUAAAAAAUUAUACAAAGCAUCAAGAGCUUAUGCUGACUGGAAGAAACUCAAUAAUCCAAAUUUUAAACCAUGGCAUUUUCCAGAGCAGAUUACAAGUCCAAGAAUUUCAAUUCAGGAUUGUGUCAUUUCAACAUUGGAAGCUUCUGUGAGAAAUAAGGAUGGAUGCACGUUUGAUGAGCAGUGCGACUUACAUUCAAAGCAUUAGUUGAUCUCAUUUACUAUGAUGUUAGAGUACAGAAUUUACAGGAACUUUAUACAUUCGUCAAAGAAAAAUGAAGAUGUUCUUCCUUUUCAAAAGUAUUGAUAUAAAUAAUAUUACAUUUGUUCUUCCUGCACAUUUUUGUGCGUUCUGUAAGGCAGUUGACAGUUGCUGCAAAUGUACUUGAGGAGUUAAUUGGUGCUAUUGUAAUAUCAUUGUUAUGUUGUUUCUACCACAGCAUUGCAGUUUUGUAAGUAAGUGGCAUUUCAUCUAUUGAUGAAUUGUCAGAAGUAGAUUUUGUUGGCAAAUUUUUACUUUUUUUCCAUAAAAUUUGUUGCUUAUAUAAAGUAUACUUUAGGGCAGUAAUAUUUUACUUCUUUUAUCAGCUAUUGUCAAAAACGUGCACAACAUGUGCAAUGAGCUAACAGUAUUUUUAUUCAAUAAGUAGCUUAGUACUUAGCAAACAGACUAGUCUUGCACCAAAUUUAUUACAGAUGACAUGUUUCUUGCAUUGCAUCUGAAGUUCAGUAAUAUUGCCUAUAAAUAUAUAUUAAGAAUGUUAUUUAAAUUACACUGUUCCUAGUGAAGAAAAGCACGUCAGUAAUUUUAAGUUUGUUUUCUUUUCUCUGUGUUUUCCAUUUUAUUUUCACCAAAGAAAUUGAGGCAAAUGUCCGAAUAUAUGUUACAAGUGAGAAGCAGAAGUAAUUAAAGAUUUUUUUUGUGACUGUAUAGACUGAACUUGCAUUAUUCGUCUGUUUUCUAUGAGAAAUUGUGUGAAACGCACAUUUGUAGCUCAUUUUACAAUUUAAAAUGGCAAUGUAUUAUUAAAAGAUUAAAAAGUUGUACUUUAUUUUGUAUACAUGGUACAAAUCAUGACAGAUGUGAUAUACUGUGUUAUUUAUGUGAAUACAGAUUAUUGUAUGAAUAUUUUAUCUGAUCUGAGAAAGUAAUAUUUCAAUAGUUAUGAAGCAUUGUCACCUACAUUUUUUGAUAAUAUGUUAUGUGUAGUUGGUUGUUGUUAAUGAUGUUAUGAAGACUUAAAAUUUGGAGAACUCGUGUUGUUGAAAUAUGGAUAUAACAAACAGGUUUUCCUGGUUGUAAAUGUACUUAAAGGAUAACAUUCCCAAUGUUCAGAACCAGAUGAAGUGUGGGCUGUGCCUUACCUACCACAAGUCAUUAUUUAAUUAUUUGUUACUAUUUUCUUAUAUUUAUUACCAUCACGUAUUAUUUUGGUUUUGUCUUCUAGGGAGGCCUCAAAUUAUAAAAAAAGUUACAGAUAUGUUAAAAUUGUCAUCUUGUUUUUAGAUAACGGCGAAGUGUGUCAUGGUAAUGGAUAAAUGCUUCCUACUCCAUGCCCUCUGAUUUCUUUUAUUUUGCCACCACAUCAGUGGCAAUGUGAUAAAGUUACUUAACUGAGAAUACUGCUGUUUAUAAGUAAUACCUAUAAUUAGUGUUCUUGUGGUGAGAAUGGAAGUUGUAACAUGAGCAAUAAAUAUAAAAGUUAAAUUUCAGUGAAUACUUCAUUAAUCUUGGUAGAAGAGGAAGGGGUGCAGACAAAGAUGGAAGAAAGUUAUGCGUAUUAGUAAGGUUAAAACUGUCUGAAACUUUUUUACAUGUCACUAUAGAAAUAAAAAAUAAAAAAUUAUGCCAUUGGCAUAACUCUCAUUCUCAUGGUUUGUAGUCGAGGUUUUGCAUAUUUGAAAGAAAAGAAGUGUCUGCUUUUGUACUGGUGAGCGGGGCGUUCUCUUACAUCUCAAGUUUUUGUUUCGCUUCUGGCAUACAUCUUUCAACAUUUACUGCUGUAAUGUACUGAUACACUUGUAAUUCGAGACAGUUCCUUAUUAUUCAGGGAUGUAUUACAAAACUUGAGGAGAAGCACAUAGGUAUAGCUUACUUACUUCGGGUACUUAUUUAUUUAAUGAGAUAAAAUAUCACCUUAAAUCAUUUUUUUCUGAUUUUAGUAUGGAUUUAGGACAGUAUGAGUAUCUGCUACCAAUGUACAAAGAAUCAUUGGAGCUCUGCUAAUGCAAGUGAGAGGAAGAUAUGUAGUGAGUGAAACUGAUGUUAUUUAAAUGCAGUGUAUAUUUCUUUAAUUCUUGCAAGUUAAGUAAGUGAAAAUCACAUUAACAUUUCAGUUGCAAGUAAUUCUCACUCCCUCUCCUAGCCCUCUCUCAAUUAAUUGAUAGAGGUUGUAUGAUGAAACUGCUAUCUUGAUCAAAGAUAGAAUUAACUUCAAGUUAAAUAAUUGUAAAAUUGAUUUUGGUGAAGAUUGUGACAAGAUUUCAUGUGAAGUAAGAAACAAUCAUUCAUGUAUGGUUUACAAUUUCUUGUUGAAUUGUGCUCUUGUUUGAAACAUAAUGACAAAUAAACAUGGAGAUAAGAAA